AUGACUGCCUUUGCUCGUCCCUCAUUAAUUCAUGAUCGUUAUGCGGAAAUUGCGCAAACGAGCGUAUAUACAUAUGAUGAUGAUGAUCUGGUUAAUUAUGCGGAAUUUCUACAAAAUCAUGGUCGUUACAUGACAAAAGGAGGUUAUGUGGAUUCAUCUCGACGAAUUCGUUCACUUUAUCGUCAACAAGAAGGCACACAGCUAUCAAAGCACGAUGCGUCAUCGACAGGAAAUCUUCUCUUGCCAUCACUUGGUAAAUCAGCAUCAUCAGCACCACCCACAACAGGACCCAGAAAGUCGAAAGGAUUUGACUUGUCUAAUUCUCUAUCUACAUCAACAAAUCUCAAGAAUCAAGCCAAAGAAUUCGAAAAGCAAAUGAGACUCAUUAAGAGUGAAAUGAUCAAAGCUAAGAAAAGUGAACGAGAAGUGAAACGUUUAGAAGGUGAUAUUAAAAAAGAACAACAACACUUACGCCAAUCACUUCGAAAACUUGACGUGGAUACAACAGCGAAACGUUAUAAAUCCGAAAAGAAAUUAUCGAAAAACCUCGAAGAAAAAGAUACUAUUGAAAGGGAAUUUCUGAAAACUCGAGAAAAGCAAACUCGACAACGCACUGAUCAUAAUAUUGAUGCAUUACAAACAACUAAAGACAAAGGCCGUCGUAAUUUAUUACUUUGUAAUGAUCUUGCUCGACAAUAUAAAGCAAAAAACAAUGAGCUUGACGUCAAACAUCUUCAACUAGAUCGAUUAAACGCAGAUUUCGAGCAAAAAGUGCAUCGAAAAGAGUUGGAGGAAGCUCGGCUCAAGAAAGAAUUGGCUGAGAUAGCAUUAGCACUCAAUUUGGAAGCUCAGAAAGCAAAAGCUGACAUGAAAGAUUUUCUAAGUAUGGUGGAUCACGAUCGAGCGCAUAUGUUACAAUAUGAUCGCGAACAGGAACAAAAACUGAAGAAAACAAAUGCACAUUCUAAGAGCUUUGAAAUGGAAAGAUAUCGUUCUCCAGCCGAUUUAUCCGCUCGUCGUUCGAUGCUUGACACUAAACAACGUGAAGCUCUUCAUCGUAUUGGUGGUGCACGAGAUCGCUUAGAAAAUAUUUAUACGAGACAACGGCAAUUGAAUGCAAAUGCUGCUGCUUUGGAGAGAGAUCGACGUGCCAAUCAAUCGAACAACAAGGUGAAUGAUGUUGAUGCACGCCGCUCACAUUUAAUGGAUCAAUAUAUGCGUGACAAAGCUGAAAAAGGUGGCAGAUAUGAAAGAGAUAGUUCAAAUAAGACAGUGACCUCUUAUAAUGACAUUGAAGCCAAACAACAUGAAGAUCGUGUACGACAUUUAACGAAAACCUUGAACAAGAAUAAAGAAAUCGAAUUUGAAUUGCGUAAAAGUGUUAAAGAUGCUGAAUUUCAACGUCGUAAGAAAGAGCAAGAAGUACAAAAACUACGAGAUGAUUUAAUACGUAAGAAGCAAGAAGAUGCAGUGAAAAUUCAAGAAGCUAUUGCACAGGUUCAAACUCAAGAAAGAGAAUUAGGACGAAACCUCGUCAAAGAAAAUACGAAAUUGAACAAAUUACAAACACGACAAAACAAUAAAUAUACACGUUUGGCACAACAGCAAGAAUACUUCCGCGAAGGCAAAUCGUUAUUAGAUGUUCAUGAACGCGAACAUAAACGUCUAUUACAUGCUGAAGCUCGAACACAUUCUUCGCAAUCGUUGAAUAAUAUUUAG